AUGAGAGACUCCGCCCCGAGGCGCGCGGCGCCGGCGCCAGCCCUUAAGGGCGUCCCGGCGCUUAAGGUGGACCGGCCCGGAGCCCAGGGCCAGCGGCGGGCACGGGUGCCCGCCCCCUUUGCAGCCCGGGCCCCUCGGCGCCGUGCCCCUUCCUCGUCCUCGCGCGCGAGCCCCGCUCGAUUCGAAGCGCUCUGGUCGGCGGGCCACGGUUUCCCUGCCACCUCCACGCCCGGUAUAGGCACGAGCAGUUCCUCACUGUGGAAUCUGAUGGGCAAUGCCAUGGUGAUGACCCAGUAUGUCCGGCUUACCCCAGACGUGCAAAGCAAACAGGGCGCCCUGUGGAACCGGGUGCCAUGUUUCCUGAGAGACUGGGAGUUGCAGGUGCACUUCAAAAUCCACGGACAAGGCAAGAAGAAUCUGCACGGGGACGGCUUGGCAAUCUGGUACACCAAGGACCGGAUGCAGCCAGGGCCUGUGUUUGGAAACAUGGACAAGUUUGUGGGGCUGGGAGUAUUUGUAGACACCUACCCCAAUGAGGAGAAGCAGCAAGAGGCCCAGAAGAAGCGAUAUUCUCCUGCAGUCCAGCGGGUGUUCCCCUACGUGUCCGCCAUGGUGAACAACGGCUCCCUCAGCUACGAUCAUGAGCGGGACGGGCGGCCCACCGAGUUGGGGGGCUGUACAGCCAUUGUCCGCAAUCUGCACUACGACACCUUCCUCGUGAUUCGCUACGUCAAGCGCCAUUUGACGAUCAUGGUGGACAUCGAUGGCAAGCACGAGUGGAGGGACUGCAUCGAGGUGCCCGGGGUCCGGCUGCCGCGCGGCUACUACUUCGGCACGUCCUCCAUCACCGGGGAUCUCUCGGACAAUCACGACGUCGUUUCCCUGAAGCUGUUUGAGCUGACAGUGGAGAGGACCCCAGAAGAGGAGAGGCUGCAUCGAGAUGUGUUCUUGCCCUCGGUGGACAACAUGAAGCUGCCGGACAGUAAGCCCCGGGGAACGUGGGAAACGGUCUCCGGGUAG